AUUACUAUAGGCAAUGGAAACUGAUCUCAGUUCCCAGGACAGGAAGGACCUGGACAAGUUCAUUAAGUUUUUUGCCCUCAAGACUGUCCAAGUGAUUGUCCAGGCUCGACUUGGUGAGAAGAUUUGUACUCGUUCAUCCUCUUCCCCAACGGGUUCAGACUGGUUCAAUUUAGCAAUCAAAGACAUCCCAGAGGUUACACAUGAAGCAAAGAAGGCCCUGGCAGGGCAGCUGCCUGCUGUCGGGAGAUCUAUGUGUGUGGAGAUCUCACUCAAGACCUCGGAGGGAGAUUCCAUGGAGCUGGAAAUUUGGUGUCUUGAAAUGAAUGAAAAGUGUGAUAAAGAGAUUAAAGUUUCCUACACAGUAUACAAUAGACUGUCUUUGCUGCUGAAGUCUCUCCUUGCUAUAACUAGGGUGACACCAGCCUACAGACUCUCCAGAAAACAAGGACAUGAAUACGUCAUACUGUACAGAAUCUAUUUUGGGGAAGUUCAGCUGAAUGGCUUAGGAGAAGGCUUCCAAACAGUUCGUGUUGGGACAGUGGGCACCCCUGUGGGCACUAUCAGUCUUUCUUGUGCUUACAGAAUUAACUUGGCAUUCAUGUCUACCAGGCAAUUUGAGAGAACCCCACCUAUCAUGGGGAUUAUCAUUGAUCAUUUUGUGGACCGUCCCUAUUCCAGCUCCUCCUCGCCCAUGCAUCCCUGCAAUUACAGAACUUCUGGUGAGGACACUGGAGUAACUUAUCCAUCUGUUGAAGACUCUCAGGAAGUGUGCACCACCUCUUUUUCCACCUCCCCGCCAUCCCAGUGUGUGUUUACUGUCACAAAGGCACAUUUUCAGACCCCUACUCCUGUGGUGACGGAUACCUUGAGGGUCCCCAUGGCAGGACUGGCCUUUUCCCAGCAACUAUCAAGCUCUCGCCUUUCCUAUCAGCCUGCUGCCCUGGGCGUUGGAUCAGCUGACCUGGCUUAUCCAGUAGUGUUUGCUGCUGGCUUAAAUGCUACACACCCUCACCAGCUAAUGGUUCCUGGGAAGGACGGCGGGGUACCCCUUGCUUCCAACCAGCCUGCUCACGGCACCCAGGCUGACCAGGAGAGAUUGGCAACUUACACCCCUUCUGAUGGGGCCCACUAUGCUGCCACACCGUCCAGCAGUGAGGAUACUGAAACCGUGUCAAACAGCAGUGAGGGACGGGCCUCCCCCCACGAUUUCUUGGAGACCAUCUUUGUCCGGAAAGUGGGAGCUUUUGUCAACAAACCAAUCAACCAGGUGACUCUGACCAAUUUAGACAUCCCCUUUGCCAUGUUUGCUCCCAAGAAUUUGGAGCUAGAGGAAGCAGAUCCCAUGGUGAACCCUCCGGAUUCUCCAGAGACAGGAUCUCCUCUCCAAGGCAGCCUGCACUCACAGGGCUCUAGCGGGGGCAGUAGUGGCAAUACCCAUGAUGAUUUUGUGAUGAUCGACUUCAAACCGGCAUUUUCUAAAGACGACAUUCUUCCAAUGGACUUGGGGACCUUCUAUCGUGAAUUUCAGAACCCUCCCCAGCUGAGCAGCCUCUCCAUAGACAUUGGGGCACAGUCCAUGGCUGAAGACUUGGACUCAUUACCUGAGAAGCUGGCUGUGCACGAGAAGAAUGUCCGAGAAUUCGAUGCCUUUGUGGAGACCCUGCAGUAA